AUUCGACGGAAUAUCAAAAACGAGUAAUAUGUAUAAUGAAACUUGAAUUCGUCAGCAUAUUUCUAAAGUGAGACGGCCUUUUUCGGCACAUUUCUGAGGGUCGUAAGGAAUAUUUUAUCGACAAGUCCGCGGCCACACUUUUCCAAGAUGUCCUUUAAGCCAAUUGACCCAAAACGGGAUGAAAUCCGUCGCUAUCUGGAGCGCGGCAGCGUUCUGGACUCGCUCACCAAAGUCUUCAUACGCGUCAUAAAAGAGCGACCGGAAAAUCCAAUGGAGUACAUACGCAACAACAUUGGUGCGGUCCGCCAUCAGCAUGACAAGUACGAGCGCCUUCAGCAGCAAUUGCAGUCGGCCAACGAUGAAAUACAACGAUUGCGCGGCAUUAUUAACAACAUUGACCCCGAGGCUCUGGCGGGCCAGCCGGUGUUCGUCACUUCAACCGAUCCGUUCGCUGAUGACUAUGAACCCCCAAAUGAGGCUAAACCUGAGGCUCCUGUUGAGAACGUUGGACCUCAUGGUGGUCAGCCGGUUUUGGCAGAGCCAAACGCUGUAGCUGAAGAAGCUGCAGCUGUAGCUGUGAGCAACAGCGUUGAGCAGCUGGCUGCCGCUGUGGAAGUUUGUCAGAUCGAGGAGAAAAUUGUUGCCGCUGUCGCAGAGGCUACAAAUGAUAGUUCAACCCAAAGCCCAUCCGUCCAGGCUGAAGCCAGCAGCACCACCGACAAUACCAAUACCGAGUAAAUCGGCACUGAGCUCGAAAUCUCAUUAAAGUACAUUCCAUGCAAAAUCAUUCAUUUAGAACAUAUGUAUUUAAGUACUUUCUUAAAUGUAAAUAAACUACAGCAUUAAAAGCACUCGCAACUUAC